AUGACAACAAAUGAAAACAACUUAGACAUUCAGGCAAUAUUAGAAGAAUUGCCAACGGAUAAAAGAAUUCUAUUAGAAAAAUUAUCUAAAGUAUUUGAUCGUAAAACAGCCAUUGAUUUUGUCAGUCCAAAACCAUUUGAAACAAAACGACAUUUAACAAUUGAAGAUUUAUUAAAUGUUGAUAAUGAACAACAAGAAAAACAUUUUCAGCGACUACGUUCGAUGGAACACUAUCAGACUACUACGCAGUCGCUAUCGCAAACCGAACUUGAAGCUACAUAUGAAGCAUUUAUUCGGGGUGAAAUUGCUCAUAAACCCUAUUCUUAUAAAGAACUUGAACAAUUUGUACGAAAUAAUGCGGAUAUAAAUGCUGUUGAUUAUUAUAUCAAUUCAACACAUCAUAAUGCAACAUCAGGUCCUUUGCAGGCACAUUUAUUAUUCCAUUCGUCAAAACUUAAUGAACAAAAAGCUAAUUUAAUUAAAUCAGCAAGUUCAAAUAGAAGUUUAAAAUCAUUCAAUGAUAGUCUUAGUGUACGAGGAUAUUUUCCCGAAAAAUUACUUACACAUUCAAGAUCUUCAUCAAAAGAAAAAGAACUUGAUAAUAAUCAACAAAAUUAUUCUAAACAACGUUCAAUGCAUAUUGAUCAUGGAGAAAAAAAAUAUCAUGUUACAUUUUUAAAAGAUCCAAAUACUUCUGUGAAAUCAUUAAAACAUAAAACAAAGAAUCAUAAUGUACAUAAUAAAAAUAUUGAAUCAUUAUUUAAAAGAGAAGCUAUAUUAGAAUCUAAUCUUUCAACUAAAUCCAAUACUUCAAAUAUACAUCGACAAAAAUUUCCACCACUUUCUCUAUCGGCUUUGAAAGAGUAUCGACCAACUAUGACGCCAAGAUCUUCAACGAUACCAACAACACCUCAUAUUCAAAAACAAAAACCGAAGCGAAAAACUGAUUUUAUAUGGGAACAAACAAUUGUUUCACAAAAACAUAAAUGA